CAUCACCCCAGAUUCAUGUUCAUGUUCAUUUGAAUCAUUCAUUCUUCCACGUCGACAAGGAUGCUCGUUCCCGCUGCUGCUGCUGCUUUGGCACUACCUUUCACUCUGGCUGCUCCCGCAGCUAGAUCAUUGGUCUUUCAGCAUGAUUCCAACAUCCCCAUCGCCAAGCCAGACAUCAUCUCGCAAAGCUCGUACGACUGGUCUAUGGAUCUGAACGAGCUACGUUUGGUCCAGUUUGCAGAGGAUGAGCUGGCAGUCUGGAUCACUGAACAUGAUAAGAUCCGAGCCAGAGCCGACGGCAAAAACUUUAUGGAUAUUACGGAUACUCCCUCGCUCGGGUUCUCCUCGUUCCUCUCCGGAGCACUGGUGAAGAACGAGUAUCCGGCACCUGGAAAUCACUCCAAGGCGAUCAAAGAGAUCAACAAGAAUCUCGACGUAUCGAGCAUGCGAAGUUUCCUGAAGGAGUUCACCGGCUUCAGGACGCGAUACUACCGUUCAGAUACUGGCAAGCAAUCCCAGCAGUUCCUCAUGUCGACACUUCAGAAGCUGUCAUCUCACCACAAGGGCGUUGAGAUCUCUGAAUUUGCCCAUACCUGGACACAGAGCUCCAUUAUCGCUCGAUUCAAUCCAUCUUCGGAGGAUCUCAAGUCGGCUCCGGUCGUCAUUCUUGGCGCUCACCAAGAUUCUACUAAUGCUUGGCCUUUCCUGCCUGCGCCAGGGGCAGAUGAUGAUGGAUCAGGAACGACGUCCAUGCUUGAAGCUUUCCGCGCUUUGGCAACUGCGAAUUUCACGCCUUCUCGACCUGUCGAAUUCCACUUUUAUUCUGCUGAAGAAGGUGGAUUACUCGGUUCGCAAGCCGUUGCGAAGGAUUACGAGGACAGGGGCGUCAAGGUCCGAGGGAUGAUGCACAUGGACAUGACGGCUUGGGUGAAGAAAGGUACAGAGGAAGUUGCUGCGAUCAUGGAGGACAACACAGACCCAGCUCUGACAGACUUUGUUGAGGCUUUGAUUGUGGAGUAUCUGAGCAUUCCCGCCGCUCGGACCAAAUGUGGCUAUGCUUGCUCGGACCAUGCGUCGUUCACCAAGGCAGGAUACCAAGCUGCUUGCGCGUCGGAAAGCACUUUCGACAACAUCAACCACAACAUCCACUCCACACAGGACACCAUCGACCACCCUGAGUUCUCCUUCAGUCAUAUGAAAGAAUUCUCCAAACUUGCCGUGGCCUUUGCGGUCGAAUUGGGCUCCAAAUGAAGAGCAGCAUGAACGGACACUAUUGUAUCAGUCUCCCCACUCGGCAUCGUCUGGCAUGUAUAAUGAUAUAAAGGCUGCAACAAGUCCACGAU